CAAACAAGCGCACACGUAAUCGCUCAUCGCGUCCAAAUGGGCCGUCCGCGCGUGCGCACACACGCGCAGCAGCAUAUGAUGGGGGGUUGCGCGCGUGUCUCAUCUCGGACAGCGGCGUUGGCGAUGGUGACGACGAAGGGGAGGAGCAACCAGGAUAAAGUGCGCUUUUAUUUGAGCCGAGCAGCAAGUGCACCCAAACUCGGUCGGGCGAGGACCACUUCCUGUCCCUCCGCCGCGGGUGCGCGGACUUUUACAACCCGGCCAUGUGAGAAGACUCUCUGGCGUCCGAAGGCCGAGACGAGAGAAACCCUCACGUGGGCUUCUUCAAGUCUGGUUUUGGUGGGCCGCGCAGGAGCCGACCGCGCUCCGAUGGGACCCGACAUGAGGCGGACGGACCGGCGACGACAGAACCUCCCGAAGACUCUCGGUGGCCCCGUCACGGCCACCCUGGUUCUGGUGGCCCUGGCGGGUUCAGCUGGCUGCUGUCCGGGCGUGUGCACCUGCCACGGGAACACCAGCGACUGUUCCGGUCUGGGCCUGACAAGCUUGAGGCCCCUCCUGCCUCUGCUGGAUCCCGACUGCGUGACGUUGCGCCUCCUCCAGAACAACCUUUCCGCCCUGGCCGCCGAGGACUUGGGCAAACUCACGAGCCUCGAGGUCCUGGAUCUCUCCCAGAAUCGCUUCUCCAGCCUGCGCUCGGGAGUCUUCUCAAAUGCGGGCACCCUGCGUUGGCUCAACCUGUCCACCAACAUUCUCGGAGCGCUCCUGACCGCCGCGGAUGCGAGCGGCGGCGAGGGGGCGGACCGGGGCCUGGACGGGGAGGUCUUUAAGGGUCUGUGGUGGCUUCAAGGCCUGGACCUGUCCUCCAACCAUCUCCCCUGGCUGCCUAGGGGCUUGCUGGACGGACUCCGGAGGCUGUCGUGGUUGUCGUUGGCCAGGAACCGUCUGGCCGUCUUGGAGAGGGCCACCUUCGAGCCUCUGACGGGUCUUCGGCGGCUCCGCCUGGACGGGAACCCCUGGGAAUGCGACUGUAAGAUGAGGGGCUUCAAACACUGGAUGGAGUGGAUGGUCUACCGAGACUGUCUGGUGGACGCCGUGACCUGCAGUCUCCCGAGGAACUUGUUGGGCCGAGACGUCCGCCGGGUGCCGGCCGAGAUGUUCGCCCACUGCGGGCGGGGCGGCGCCGGGGAGUCGACGGCGGGAAACCCGAGCCGCCCUCCGUGCCCGGGGGGCCGUCUCGGUAGCGCCGACGAGUGCGUCCGGCAGCGCUACCGUCUGAUCAGCGUCCGACGGGCUCACGGUACGCAGAUCGUGGCGGGUGUGGUGUGCGGGACCGUGUGCGUCAUGAUGGUGGCGGCGGCCACCUACGGCUGCAUCUACGCUUCGCUGAUGGCGCGCUACCAGAGGGACCUGAGACGACGACGACGACAGCCGCUCACGGCCCGCCCCGGACCGGACGCCGACGCGGAAGGUGCCGAACCGCCGCGAGAACCGCCGCCCGAAGAGGCCUGCGGGGUGCACUGGUACCGCAUCAGCAGCUUCUGAGUUUCUGAACAUCUCGGCUACUGCGAUUCGACCUCUCCAAAAAGAGACGAUUGCGUUCAUCGUUUCGGCACGAGAGCCGAGCGUCGAGGCCGCCGUUCAAAAGUCCCUUCAGGGUGAUCAGGAGCGGAAAACUUCCUCAUUCCCUCGUUCCCUACUCCGUAAUCGCUUUCCUUUGAAGGAACGAGCUAGCCCCCAGCGACACCGCCCCCUGCGGUCCUGAUUGAGCUGCUACACUUUGUGUCAAUUCCUUGUUGUGUUCCAGAACAAAUCGUCGACAAUAAAGUGAAUUUGAUCAAAUUGAAUUUUUGACUUGAUCCAAUUGCAGUUUUGGACAAAUAAACAACCGAGCGAACUCGCCCAGAAUGGCGGAAGCGGAAAAAAGGCAAACUUGUGGCUCUCGUCCGACCUUUGAUUGAUUGAUUGAUUGAUUGGUUGACGAAUUGUUUGUUGUUCUAAAUCCAAGGAUCACAGAAGAAGUUGAUUUGGAGCGAUUGCAAUUCAUCGGGCAGGCUCAACGGAAUCCAGGCCAGUCGGGACAAUCAAUCUUUUGCAGCCGCUAUCCAGAAUGUUGAGUGCUUUGUACGAUUCUCGUGAUUUGAUUUGCAUUUUGGAAUUGUCAGGAACCGCUGAGGUUCAAGCCCCGAGUCGUUGACUUUUGUCAGAUUGAAGCGCAAGUGCAAGCGGACGGUAAAACACU